CUAAAAUGUGAUAUGAACAUAUAAGAAGCGCCAUGAACGAGGAGUCCAACAAUAGCAGCGCUAGCUCUUCAGGGGACUCGAACCCUUGCCCCAUCUGCCUCGGACCCAUCGUUCAAGAUUCCUAUCUUGAUAAAUGUUUCCAUAAGUUCUGUUACAGUUGCAUUGUACAAUGGACGAAAGUGGUUGCUGGCAGGCACUCUCACCCGCCUUCUUCUGUAAAAUGUCCUCUCUGCAAGACUGAAAAUUUAACUAUAAUACAUGGAUAUGAUGGAAGUUCUUUUCAACAGCAUCACAUUAACCAGGAUUUUGGAUAUAGUUUUAUCUUGACAAGAGCACACAAGUAUAGAUUACAGUGCUAUUACACUGAACCAGGUAUCAUAAAUGACAUAUUCAAUGCAUCACGGUUUUGGAAGUCUCAUAAGUAUCUUCAGCCAAACCGCUGGCUCCAAAGUUGGUUGAGAAGGGAAAUUCAAGCUCUGCUGCAGGAAGAAGAUGUUGAUAUUAUUGUGCACCACAUACUUGGUGUAAUUGAUUCGUCCUUGACAAGGAAUGAGCAAAAAUACCAUCAAAAGGUGCCUGAAACAAAACAAGAAGAUGUCAAGGCUUUAGUCUCCAAUGCUGCAAACCCUUUUCUGGGAGCAAGAACAGACAGAUUUGUAAAAGAGUUGGAACUAUUUCUUGCUUCAGGCUUGAACAUUGAAGCCUAUGAUGCAGCUUACAUGCAGCGGUUAGGCUGGAUUUCUCCUGGAGUCAGCAGUGAGGCUUCUAAAGAAGCACUCAAUGAACGGACGACUGUAAUUCCAUACUUGUAUAUCUUUGACGACGACUCUGAUGGACCCGAUUAGAUGAAGUCCCUAUAAACUUUGUAUCUCAUUCAUAAAUAUUUUGUCACCAGUUUUCUUAUCUACUGUGUUUUGUUCCCAAAUUUGUGGACCAGUAAAGAGGCAAGGAUUUUUUUCCAA